UAUUUAAGUUGUGACAUCAUCAUGCUGGAAAAUCGUGCGGGUCGGAUGAUAUUUUGCUACUUUAUGUUGGUUUUUGAAUACACAAUUUCGUGUCCGGAUACUCCAACAUGCGUCUGCGAAAGAGCAACAAUGUCUGUUACUUGCUCUCGGACACCGAACUUGCAGUACAAAUUACCGGUUGGGAUUCCAUCCGAUACCAGAUCAUUAACUAUCAACAUUUCAACACUAAAGAAAAUUGGACCUACGGCUUUCAGAACUACACGAGUAUUAUCAGAAGUUGAUCUGAGUUCUAACAAAAUCGAAACCAUCGCGGAGACGUCGUUUCAAAGUCUUUCCCGAUUACAAAGUCUUCGACUGGAUAACAACAGACUAAAAUUAAUACCAGAACAUGCUUUUUCACAAUCGAAUCAGCUGCGACGACUCCAUCUGAGUGGAAAUAAAAUACUCGUAUUGAUUCCCAUGAAUUUCCACGGACUUGACAACUUGGACGAACUAUAUCUUCUACGAAAUCCCACAAUGUGCAUUGCAUUGGAUGCUUUUGCUGGUCUUCCGCGUCUCCGUAAACUAGAGAUGUCAGGAAUGAACGCAUCUUUGGAUUCCAGCAUGUUUCACACGCUACCAAACUUGAGAAUUCUCGUGAUUCGAAAUUUUCUCCGAGUAAAGUCAAUACCUGAAGAUUUAUUGUGGAAAAAUGAAAAACUUGAAAAACUAUAUUUGGAGCAUAUUCAACUUGCAGAUGGCAUAAGCCCAAAUCUUUUGAAUAUGUCAACAAAAUUAAGAGUGAUUUCUUUGCGAGGUUGCGGUUUAACAUCUGUACCGGUUGAUGCACUGGAACACGUCAAAGACAGCUUAAGAGAACUUGAUUUAUCUCAUAAUCGUCUGAAGACAAUUUCAAUAAACGAUUUCAAGAAUUUGCAAGGACUUCGGGUUUUGAAUCUCCGGAAGACAGGUCUUACAUACAUACCUUCUAAUGCUCUCGCAUUACCUCACCUUGCAUCUCUCGAUCUCUCUGGAAAUAUGUUGUCGACUCUACAGAAAUCAGCUCUGGGAUCUAAAUUGAAAAAUGUAAGCUUCGGUAACAAUCCAUGGAUUUGUGAUUGUGGGCUGAAAUGGUUGGCCGAAGCUCAUUACUAUCACGAGCCUUCAAUACCGGUCAUCUGUGCAGAACCACAAGCAAUGCAAGGAUUUGAGAUUCGUUUUUUACCCCGACCUGUGCCCAAAGGAGAAUAUUUUCAAUGUGAGGUUCCAAAGAUCAAAAAAAUUGGAUUAGAUCCCAAAGGUUCUCAAACACUUCUAGUCGAUAAAAACAAACCUAUAUCAUUUGACGUGACAUGUAUUGCCAGUGGAUAUCCACGACCUCUCGUUUCUUGGAUCAUAUUAUCCCGCGACGCAAAGCCAGCCACGCGAAAACGUAGUUUGCCUGAAAAUAUCGCUACCCAUGUAUUCGAUCAAAAUACUCGGCUUAAAAGAUCAAUGGAUUCAGAAAGCAAACAAAUGUGUACAGUGUGUGAAGUUGGAUCUCAACACACCGAGAACAAUAUCUGGGUAUCCCUAAAUGGAACUCUCCACGUCCGAGAUUUAGUAGGUACUGAUGCUACAGGUAUUUAUACUUGUCAAGCAGCCAAUUCGCAAGGAAUUCGUAGAGAUUCGAUAGUGUUAGAAGAGCACACCGAGGAAACGUUAAAAUUACAAGAUAAGACGAAAUUGCCCGAGCCCAGUGGGUUUACUGCUUCGAACAAGGGGAUGGUUAUCGGUACACCUUUUCCACUGGACAUGGAAGAUGACUUUGGAGGCAUGGCAUUUGGUGAAGACGAUUACACAUACUACUCUAACUGGAGGGGUGAAAAUAUUCAAACACAUUCAAGCUGGCGCACUAUUGACAACCCAAACUCAUAUCAGCAACCUGAAGUGCAGCCUUACGGUGACUACAGACACUCAGACGUAGGAAAUCCUUUACCACUUAUGGCGCCUUCACGGCCAAGAGAAAAAACAGUUAAACGUGAAGUCCCGUUGUCACCAGAAAUCAAGUAUUGCCGUACUCAACGCUGUAGUGUUCGCAACGUUGAACAAAAAGUUGAAGCUGCCUUAGGUGAAGAAUACCUUAGAGAUGCUGAAGCCGGAAAUGGCAUUAAUUCGCCUUAUUUGGAACUUUCACCUGGAGCCGAUCUUGCAGAUACUUUGACUCGAAGUCAAACUUCUUGUUGUGGAGACAAUUCUGCGAAUGGAUUACAUCUACCAGCAUUGUUGAUGACAUUGUGCUCACUUGCAUUUUCAAUAUUAUAUUCUGAUAUCGUUUUAUAGUUUUGAAAUAGCAAGUGAAAA